GGACAUCUCUCACUCACAGUCUCGGACUCGACUCAAUCCUCGACAGAGUAGACCUAGAGGGUUAUGCCGGUUCCGUCUCAAUUUAUAUAAUCAGUUCUCCGAAUGAAAGCCCCUAGAGCGGACCACUUGUGCUGUACUUAGUUGUGUAUAUAUUUUUAUAAGCAAUGGACCAAAUGCCGGAACAGGACGAUGCAUCCCCAGUGUCGACGGCUCCUGCCACGCCCACAUCUCCGUUCGAGUUUAAGAUGCUACCGCUCUUUAUGGACUUUGAAGAUUUUAGCAUUUGCCAGCCUGCUCCUUUCUCGUAUGACGACAAGGCCAUGCUGGAGCUCGAGAGGUGUGACUACACGCAGAGGAUCACCUAUCAGAUGGCCAGAGCUGGGAAGACGACACGCAGGGUGCGGGUUUAUGCCGAUGGCAUCUACGAUCUGUUCCACCAGGGUCAUGCCCGCCAACUGAUGCAGGCCAAGAACGUGUUUCCCAACGUGUAUCUCAUCGUGGGCGUGUGCAAUGAUGAACUGACCCUUAGGAUGAAGGGACGCACGGUCAUGAAUGGAUUCGAGCGCUACGAGGCAGUGCGCCAUUGCCGCUAUGUGGAUGAGAUCGUGCCGAAUGCUCCUUGGACGCUAAAUGACGAGUUCCUCGACGAGCACAAGAUCGAUUUUGUGGCCCACGAUGACAUACCGUAUGGAGCUGGCGGAGUGAACGACAUAUAUGCACCACUAAAAGCAAGGGGAAUGUUCGUGGCCACGGAGAGAACAGAGGGCGUGUCCACCUCGGACAUUGUGGCCCGAAUCGUGAAGGACUAUGAUGUAUAUGUGCGCAGGAAUCUGGCCAGAGGCUACUCAGCCAAGGAGCUCAACGUGUCCUUUCUCUCCGAGAAGAAAUUCCGUCUUCAAAACAAGAUGGACGAGCUGAAGUCGCGUGGUAAGCGGGAACUUACCAAAGUAAAGGUGGACAUCAUAACCAAGUGGGAGGAGAAGUCACGCGAGUUUAUUGAUGCCUUCCUGCUGCUGUUUGGCAAGGAGCGACUCAACACCUUUUGGAACGAGUCCAAGGGCCGAAUCAUUCAGGCCCUCAGCCCGCCAGGCAGUCCCAAUGGCUCCAUAAACGGCGACGAUCCCGAUGCAUCAGACGGCGCAAACUCUGAGGAUGAGUACAUGGAGCUGCCACCAGAACACGGAACGGAUAGUGUGGGUUCCAUUAAUCGAAAGCAAAAGCGCUCUGGUCAAGUGAAACCCUCUCCAAGCCCCAAUGACACCAACGAAGAGCAUGAGGAUGUCGUUCACGAACAUCGCAGCGACUAAAGAAUAAUUUGGCUAUCCAUAAGGAUAGGCUAUCUGCCUAUCAUAUAAAAUGUAAAUUAAUUUGUUUUUAGUUGAAACAGCCUUUUUACCUAUCCACAAAAUAAGUGCGCUUCAAAUACAUUCAGAUCAAUUGCUGUUUAA